ACUUGGUCUUCGACAGUGUAUACUAUCCUGAAAACUAGAGGCCGUCUACUUAGUACUUAAAGGCAGCAACGGGUUCGGCUAGAUUCGCCGGCGUGCAGCUAUCGACUGUGUCCGAUCCUGAUCUGUCGGACUGCCUAGGCUUUCUUCUUGUUGUUCAUGCUGUUCGUUGUCCUCGAAAUAUUGAAAAGCUUGGCUACGAUCUAGCACGUCGCUAGCACCGCUCGCUCACCUCCUACCCCCAGCAUCUUGUCGUCGGCCCUGCUGCAACGACAUGGAGAUGAUGGGUCUCGAAACAGGUGGGCAAGGUGACACAUGAUGUAGUCGGAGCAAAGAACGCGGAAUGUCGCCAUCAUGCUAUCACCACCCAAAACAUCACGAUCUCCGACUCCGACUCCCAAGCUCUCAUCACUGGUUGGGACUUCGCUUCUCGCCCUACCGCCGAUGAUCCAUCGAAGAUUCUCCCACCUGGAAAUUCCCUCCCAUUCGCACCGUCACCGGCCCCGCAUUUGACAUCUGCGGCUGAUCAUUCGAAGAACAGGACUUGGACGAAGCAGCUCUGGCAUUCCACGACGCGCUCAACUCGACGUACUGGCUGCUUCCAUACCUCUUUUUGCCCUAUGGGAUGCACGCCUACCAUCGCCAGGCUUCCCAUUCGGCAGCCUCCUUGAGUCUCGCCGCCUCCCUAACCGCAGAUAUCGACAUAUACUAUCUUUAAUCCCACAUGUCCCACUCUGUCAAGGAACAUGACAAGGACGAGAUGGAAGCGAUGGCGGGCUUCGGUUGGAAUGAAGAUAAUGGGCGCGUGGCUCCGAGGGAGACCUAUUAAGGUCAGCUAUGAUUCGGAACAUCAUGCUUUGAUGAUCCGUUAGAACCUUCAUAGCGCGAUUAGGAGCGUACGUAUUGGAGCCUCGGAUGAGAUGAAGAGGAAUGCCGACGAGGAUAAACAUUUGAAGUGGGGAACAUGGAUGGACAUCGUGUUCAGGUUCAUCGCGCGUUACCGACCGAGCCAAGCUCGGGCAGUGCGCUGCUCUCUACCAAGCGCUAUCCCGCUCCUUUUUCUUCGAAAUUGGACAGGCCCUCAUGUUGGUAGGCAGGGGGUCAUGGUAGGCACAUGGGCUCAAGUCUCCGUCGGGUUGCGUCUACGUUCAUCAUGAUGCCAAUCUGGUGGACGAUUAUGUUGGAGGGCCAGACGCGUGUAGUUGGUACGAGGAUAUCGUUUGAAUAUCGUUGUGGUCCACAAAAGGUAU